CAGAUCCAUCGGUGUGGAAGUAAAUGCUCCACGUUCAAUUGAAAUCSCACCGGAACUGAUCCCAUCAAAGACAUAUAUGAGCAAACGUCGUCUAUAGAAAAAGAAAAGAUACGAUGGCCACACGAGACUCAAGAGCUGAAGUCGAGCCUCCCUCUUAUUUUUACCACCACAGAAUUGGCGACUCCGAUACCGAUACAAAUAUGCGUAGCAACUCAGAGUGGAAAAUCGAGUGUGAUGCCAUCUUGAACAAUGGCCGUGACGAUAGUAUCUCCCAGAAUGAUUGUGAUGAGCAAUCUCAAUCCUCCGUAUUCUCUCCAUCGAUCAAACAGACUUGUCACGAUAUUGAUGGGGUGUUGAACGAAAUACGACUACGUUCCUCUCCAGAUCCGAAUGAUUGUAUGUUUCGGAAUGGCAACUAUUAUAAUGGCUACGACGACGCGAUGAGCGACGUUAGUGCUUUCACUACCAACAACUUAGUGAGAGAACUUAACAAAGCCCACGAAUCAUUCUUGGAUUCGGCAGGAGCUAUUCAGGAUCGCUUUGACUUUCGAAGCAGUGACACCUAUGAAAAUGACCUGUCACUGGCAUGGGCUGGUGGUACCGAGAACGAAUGGAAUGAUUUUAUUUGGCCAGAAGGCGACAAAAUUAGCAMGGAAAAUCACAGUGGGGAAUAUUGUGACUACCUUUGGGAGGCUGAAUGGAUUUUAGAGCCAUCAUAUCAUCGAAACAGGGGUAAUGCUUUCCGUGGGUUCAAGAUUUUAUCAUCGUGGUACAAAAGAGUGAAGCAAAGAAAUCGCCAUUACACAAAUCUAGAACAAACGCCAUCCUCUUCGAGUCGAUUGGGAACACGUAGGAUUUCGACCUUAUGCGCUUUGUUGGGRGUUGUUCUUGUCAUAGUAGGAAUUACUGUGACAACGACCACUUGGUCAAGCAAACAAGAACAACGUCAGCCAACGUCUAUUGUGGAUUCGCACAACCCAACAAGUCUUCUUCCGGGGGGGGGAAUAGCUUCUCUAUCACCUAUGCCAAUAGAUGAAUCGUCGAAGGCGCUCAACGUUGCGGAAGAACCAGAACAUAGAGAUUCGAGUAGCUCACCAACGCAAAGUCUUACUCCCGCUCCAACCAUUCCUCUAUAUCUUGACGAUUCUGUCACUUCACACGCCGACACGCUGCCUCCAGUAGCUGCAUUGCCUGUUUCCGGUUCCAGGGUUGACGCUGUUAAGAUAGAUGUCGACGAGAAUUUUGGCGAUACUACUACAAACCGAGGACCACCCUCACUACCAAACAAGUCACUUUCAGUUGUAAAAUUACCGGUAUCUGGUGCAACGCAUGCCGCUACCAAAGAAAGUGGAUCAUCUCUGCCUUCGUCAACAUCUUCUACGCUACCCAUCUCUGGCGCAACUCCCAGUAACGGGGUGAAUCUAGAAGCUGCUAGAACAACAUCCUCUGGAAAUCGAUCACCACCAGUACUACCGACUUCACAGGCAAAAUUACCCAUCUCGGGUUCCAAGGCUACCGUAAACAUAGACAGCAAUGAGGAAUCAACAGAGAAACAUCCGUAUUUGGCUACCAACGAAAAGGACAUCAUCGCAACGUCCCAACAAAACCCACCAAAGGAAUCAAAGAAGGACAAAAAGAAAGCCGACAAUUCUAUACMAGUAAGAAGGGCGCUUCGUAACUCCUCCAACAACAGAACUUUUGGGAAACGACCAAAAUAACAACACUGAAAUACCAAUCGCAACAAACCAUAGAACUAGACAUGACUUCAUCGAGAAUUUUCUAGUACCACUAAAAGAAUUAAUGUUAA